CUCAUUCUUGCUUGGUUUAAAAAGAGAGAGAGGAGGAAAAAAAAGGAGAAAUGCUUCCUGGCUCUUUUCUCUCACUCAGUUUUGGCAGCGGCGGCCGCAGUAGCAGCGGCAGCAGCGGCAGCAGCGCCCUGCCAACCAGCUGGUGCUGCAGACUGGCGGGCAGUGGGGAAUGUGGUACAUAGGGGAGGUGCAGGGGCCAAGGUGCAGCCCGGAUGGGACAGGCCCCCACCCUGGACAGAUGCAACGCCGAACUUGAUGCCACCCUCCAGCUUCUCGGGACUCAGGGGAUGGACUCAGCCACAGCUCCAAAGCAAGCCUGGCCCCCGUGGCCCCCACUGCUUUUCCUGCUCCUCCUGCCUGGAGGAAGUAGCAGCUGCCCCACUGCGUGUGACUGCACCUCCCAGCCCAGGGCAGUGCUCUGUGCCCAUAGGCGACUGGAUGCUGUCCCCGGGGGGCUUCCACUGGACACAGAGCUCCUGGACUUGAGUGGGAACCGCCUAUGGGGGCUUCAGCAAGGCAUGCUCUCCCGACUAGGCCUGCUUCAAGAACUGGACCUCAGCUACAACCAGCUCUCUACCCUUGAGCCGGGGGCCUUCCAUGGCCUACUAAGUCUACUCACCCUGAGGUUGCAGGGGAAUCGGCUCCGAAUUGUAGGGCCUGGGGUCUUCUCAGGCCUGUCUGCCCUCACACUGCUGGACCUCCGCCUCAAUCAGAUUGUCCUCUUCCUAGAUGGAGCCUUUGGAGAGCUAGGCAGCCUCCAGCAGUUGGAGGUCGGAGACAAUCACCUGGUGUUUGUGGCUCCAGGGGCCUUUGCAGGGCUAGCCAAGCUGAGUACCCUCACCCUGGAACGCUGCAACCUCAGCACAGUGCCUGGCCUAGCCCUCGCCCAGCUCCCAGCACUAGCAGCUCUUAGGCUUCGAGAACUGGACAUUGAAAGGCUGCCAGCUGGGGCACUUCAAGGGCUGGUGCAGCUUAAAGAGCUGGAGAUCCACUACUGGCCAUCUCUGGAGGCCCUGGACCCAGGGAGCCUGAUUGGGCUCAAUCUGAGCAGCCUGGCCAUCACCCGCUGCAAUCUGAGCUCAGUGCCCUUCCAAGCACUACACCACUUGAGCUUCCUCCGGGUCUUGGAUCUAUCUCAGAACCCUAUAUCAGUCAUUCCAGCCCGAAGACUCAGCUCCCUGGUACGGCUCCAGGAGCUCCGGCUGUCAGGGGCCUGCCUCACCUCCAUUGCUGCCCAUGCCUUCCAUGGCUUGACUGCCUUCCACUUGCUGGAUGUAGCAGACAACGCCCUGCAGACUCUAGAGGAAACAGCCUUCCCUUCUCCCGACAAACUGGUUACCCUAAGGCUGUCUGGGAACCCCCUAGCCUGUGAUUGCCGCCUCCUCUGGCUGCUGCGGCUGCGUCGCCACCUGGAUUUUGGCACAGCUCCCCCAGCUUGUGCUGGCCCCCAGCAUGUCCAAGGGAAGAACCUGAGGGAAUUUUCAGACAUCCUGCCUCCAGGGCACUUCACUUGCAAACCAGCCCUGAUCCGAAAAUCAGGGCCUCGAUGGGUCAUUGCAGAGGAGGGGGGGCAUGCUGUUUUCUCCUGCUCUGGUGAUGGAGACCCAGCUCCCACUGUCUCCUGGAUGAGGCCUCAGGGGGCUUGGCUGGGAAGAGUUGGGAGAGUAAGGGUUCUAGAGGAUGGUACACUGGAGAUCCGCUCAGUGCAGCUGCGAGAUAGAGGGGCCUAUGUCUGUAUAGUCAGCAAUGUUGCUGGGAAUGACUCCCUGAGGACCUGGCUGGAGGUUAUCCAAGUCGAACCAUCAAAUGGCACCCUCUCUGACCCCAACAUCACCAUGCCAGGGAUCUCAGGCCCUUUCUUUCUGGACAGCAGGGGUGUGGCUAUGGUGCUGGCUGUGGGCUUCCUCCCUUUCCUCACCUCAGUGACCCUCUGCUUUGGCCUGAUUGCUCUCUGGAGCAAAGGCAAGGGCCGGGUCAAGCAUCACAUGACUUUUGACUUUGUGGCACCUCGGCCCUCUGGGGAUAAGAACUCUGGGGGUAACCGGGUUACUGCCAAGCUAUUCUAGCCUUUCCUUCCACACUGGAGACUCAUCCAAGUCCACUUCAGAAGUCAAUGGGAAAGGCAGAAGCAAGGCCUUUUAGGCCACUGCCUCAUCCCAAGCAGCACAGCCUCCCACACCUGCUGUUUACAUGAUGAGCAGCUAAUGAUGCUUCCUAAUAGAGCGGCGCUGCCCAGGGCUGUUCCUGUCUGAAGAUAGCAUUGCCAUCUCUUCUCUGAGGGCCCCAGGGAGCUACAGAUACAGACCCUGCAGUCAUCCCAGCUCUCCCUUCAUACCUUCAGACCCCAACUCAAAGCAGGAAACAUACCCAAGGCUCCAGUCUGCUCUUUACACAUUUAUAUCCAUUAAUAACCAGGACCAGUGGCCAAACACAACCACAAGAUUAUUUCAGAAGUGGGGCUGGGAAGUGGGAAGUGCCUCUGGCACUUGCUCCUCACCCAGGCAAUCUCCCUUUUUCUCUGCUUCCCAUUUCCUAGUCUAGACAGUGCCCCAAGGUGCAAGAAGAAACUAGAGCCAAGAAUCCAGAGGAUGCAUGUGAGUGCAGACUGACUACACUGGCAUUCUGUCCGCAUGAGCCUUCACCACCUUCUGCCUGUCUCAUCAUUAAGCCUGCUGCCAAAGGCCACUACAGUGGCAGCCAGAAUGAAACAUGAUCUCUGGAACUUUCUUUACUUCAGUCCACUUCUUCCUCUUCCUCCCAUUUCACCUAUUGAGCUUGUAUCCCAAUGACUUCAU